CUGUUGGAUACAGAUAUCUGAAUUGCAAAAUGUACACGUGUACAAAUUAAUGAAAUAGACACAAAUCUCAUUUUACAAUAUAAAUUCACUGUUCGGAUUUGUUCCCUUUAUAAACAGAUAAUAUGUUUACAUAUGCAGGCCUUUUCUGCCCUAUGCCACGGGUCCAAAUAUCGGCCCCAUUCCCAAUGCAAAUCUGGUUGUUUUUUGCCCAAAUGAAAACAAAAUUACCAAUGCCAACUUCCAACGAAUUCAAAGUAGAUUUUUUUUCGGCUGCUAAAAAUGCGCAAAGUAACGUUACCUUAAUCCACAAACUAUUAACAUUGGGGAAACCCCGCUUGUUUUGAGCCCGGCUUUGUAUCGAUCAAUACUGGGCGCACUGUGCAGGUAGAAAUUAAUCAUCAAAAUGACGUCUCACAACAGCAAAUAUUACGUUGCCAAAAUAAGAAAAAAAGAAUUUAAAAAUAAGCCAGCAAUUUCAUCCCUUUUCAACAAGCAAAAAGAAAAACAAACAAUUCGGGUGAGCAUGGAUGUAAGAACUGUGGGUUCAUGUUCUGCACCAGUUGCCUGCCCAACAAACUGCCCAUCCCCAAGAUGAACAAUGAAAAGCACAGGGUGUGCAUGAAGUGCUACAACAUACUAACUGGGAAAGUCAAACCUAAAAAAGAGGAUCCAUCAAAAUAUUCACCCCCAGAAAACUACAAAAAGAGAGUAGCGGCCCUUAAAGAAAAGGAAGUAUGUGGUAUUGUCUCCGCCUCACAAGUGCCCAAGCCGCAGGGUGGGGCGCAGGUCAGACCCCCAGGUAUGUCACAGGCAGACUGGGACAUCCAACAGAGGCUUGAGAAGCUGAGAGAAAAAACUCCCACUGAAGUUGCUGCAGGUCAGACCAGUGAGGUAGACAUAGCUGAUAGACUUGCCAAGAUGAAGGGAAUGGACCCAGCCAGAUAUAACAAACAGCCUGUGUAUCAGCCGCCAGACAGACGGACACAGCAGGAGCAGAUGAAUGAACUUCUUGAUGAGAUCUCCAACGAAGUAGAGCUGGACUCCAGACUUCCUGAUCCUGUCUUGGAAAUCUCUGCAAGGCUGGCUCGGUUAAAAGAGCCCAUACCGAAACUGGAAGAAAAGCCAGGGCCAGAUGACAACAACUUGAACAAGCCUUCCACGAGGGAUUCUCAGUCAUUCUCUCAGAACAUUGAGUCAGGAACCGGCCAGACUGGACCUGGAGCAGUUCCUGGUUCCCUGCCCAAGGUAAUUGGUGUGGGAACCAGUGGCAAGACUGAUCCUGUGAAUGAAGUUAGCCCAGAGGAGAUGAGGCAAAUUUUGAAUGCAGCUGCUCAGGAGUUGGAGCAAGAGGCCCAGAGGGCUCUGAAGGGUCUGGAGGAUGACAAGGAGAUCAUGAAGAAGCUACAAGAGGUCAAGGAACGACGCAAACAAAGCUCCACCAACGUCAACAAAGAUGAGAUAAUUGACUCAGAAAGUGACAACGACAAUGAAGACAAUGAUGAAGAGAAUGAGGAGAAGCUGGCUGCAGACUACAUCAGGCGGGCCAUGGAGGAGAACAAACUGGACGAAGCUGCCGCUAAGGACGGGGUGGACAUAUCUGACAGCAGAGCUGAUAAGAAGGAGAGGGCGGGCAGUUUGCGGCAAGAAAAGAAGAGAAAUAAUACUAAUGAAGAGAUAUAUGACCCCGAUGAGCUUCCAUACUGCUCCAUAUGUACCAACGAUGCCAAACUACGCUGUCUAGGUUGUGACUAUGACCUUUUCUGCAGGUCUUGCUUUCGGGAAGCUCACCAGAUUAUCGGGCUGCCUGGCCACAAAAGCAUUGACUACAUUCCGCCAAAAAUUGCAACAUGAUGAUUGAACUUAAAGUCAUACAUAUCAAGCCAGUUUGUGAAACAAAGAACUUGUUUGCUCUCAAAAAUACAUACUGUGUACAUACAAAUUCAAUUCUUGUAUGUACACACAUAUAUGUGCGUACAUUGAUAGGUCAGUUUGCAAUUUGCGAGGGCUCAUACAGAUUUACAUUUUACCUCAAAAGUGUCAUAAAUAAAUACAAAUGAGACAAAAAGGGAUUCUCUCAGAGAGGUGGGUAUGUGUUUCUAAACUAGUUUAUUCUCUUUGUGAUUAUGUUUUAGAGUUAUAACCAUAUAUUUUGACUGUGGAUUAAGCUCUAUUAUUUUAGUAAAAGUGUUAACAAAUUAUUGGCAUUAUUGUAAGCCAGUGGGCAGUUCAUUAUAUGUUUGCAUAAAUUGACCUAUAAAAAUUACAUAAUGAAUUAACGUGUCUUUUAUUAGCAUAAGCAAUAUAAAAUCAAAUGUACCAUUUUAUUUAUAUUUCUUAAAACUGUUAAGGUUCAGAACUGUGUAGUUACAAAUUGUUAAUCAUGACAGACAUUUUUCUUAUAGACUUGUUUCUUUGCGCCAUGUUUGUCACUCAACAAAACAUAACCCACUAUAUUUAUGUUUUAUGAUACUUCUGGGCAUGAUACUGUUUGUAUUGAAUGUUUAUCAAAAUAAUGUUCAUGGAGAGAAUCUCUUAAUUAUAUUACAUAAUUAUAUAUUGCAAUUUGAGUUAGUGAUAAGCAUUGUGAAAUAUGUGUUGCACAAGAACCAGAUAUGGGAGGUCAAAUGUCAAUUUCACAAUUGAAUGUCCACUGUAAAAUUUACAAACUAAUUUGCAAGAAUACGUUUUAUCUUGUCUUUUGUACAGGAUGAAUGGAAUUUCAAUUUACUUGACACAGAAAAAAGGAGGUCUGUUUGUCAAAGGUCAAAUGUAAGAAAGAAAAUCUUCGGACUCUGUUUUGGAUUAUAUCUUUGUCAAAUAUUAGAUAUAUAUAUAUAUGUGUGUACGUUCCUUGGUCUGAGAUUUCUAAUUUAUCCAUUUCCAUAUUCCAUAAUACAUAAUAUUUCCAUUACCUUUUUUAUGAAGUAUUGGCUAUGUUGUAGCAAGCUGAUGAAAUUGCAUUUCGAUGAUAUCAGAUUCCAGAAUAGAAUUGUAUAUUCCCUGUUAGACUAUAGAUCAUGCAUGGGCAUCGUCAUAAAUUGAGAUUGCGUUGUCUAACAGUAAAUAAAAUAAUGUUAUUGUAUACUCCAAACAUAAUUAUGAUAAACUUAUUGUGUAUAAGCCAACUCAUUUUAUCAAAAGUGAAGGCCAAACUUAGAAGUCAAAAGUCUAAUUUGGCAACAAACAGCUUGUUGGUGAUACAAGUUGAGUAACAAGACAAAAUGGAAUGUUGAGGCAUCCAUGCAUUAUGGAAACAGCCAUGUUUAGCCAAGAACUCUAGGUGAAUUGUUAAAAUACUAGGAACAACUAAUAUAUUGUGAUAUGUUGUUUUACAAAAUUAUUUGUGAUUGAUGUUUUUUGUAUAGCCUUAUUUAAAUCUAUGUUAAUCAUAACAUUAUCAUAUAUAAAUGUCUCACUUUUUAUUGUUUAGAUUAUGCUUUAUUUGAAUAUAAUACAUUUGUUAACAUAUGUAAUAAACCUAAAAAACAUGAA